AUGAUUCAAUUAAAGACAAUGCUCAACUGCAUCGACAACUCCGGCGCCGCCGUUGUCGAGUGCGUGAAUGUCCUGAAAAAGAAGCGCCCCGCCACCGUUGGUGACCGCAUCGUGGUCGUGGUCCAGAAGCAACGAAAUUUCGGCCCCGACAGCAGCAACAACGUCGGUAUCGCAAACAAGGUUCGCCGAGGAGACAUUCGCCAUGCCGUUGUCGUCCGCGCGGCCAAGGAAAUGCAGCGCCCGGAUGGUUCGAUCGUCAAGUUCGAUGACAAUGCCUGUGUUCUCGUCAACAAGUCCGGAGACCCCAUCGGAACAAGAAUGAACGGUGUCGUGGCUACGGAACUACGAGGACGACAGUGGUCAAAGAUCCUGUCGUUGGCGCCGAUGCAUGUGUAG